ACGUUAUUGAAUCCAAAUGCAGCGUAUAUAAAUAUAUGCAAGCGUGAAUUUAUUCUGUUACAGAUCGCUAAACUCGUGCAUCUUACAAUUUCCACAAGCUAAUCGAUUAGUAUCGUCAGGUUAUUUCAUUUAUUUACGACUUGAUUGUUGCUAAAGACUCUGCGAAAUGUACAAUUAUAUUUCCUCGAAUUUUGAACAUUGAUAUAACUAAACCCUUCGUUUAUUAAUUUAUUUAUUUGCGCAUGGGCUUGUAUCUUCAAAUUUAGUAUGAGAAAUUCAAUAUUUCUACAAAGAACGCGUAAGGUGUAAAAAAAGAAAAGCUUGAUAGCCAGCACAGCGUUAUUCUAUACGUUCGGAUCGCUAGAGAUCUAUAGUAAAAAGUCGGUGCAAAUUAGACGUUGACAUUCAAGAUGAAGUUUAUUCGCCUACACCGAUAACAAGUGCAAUCUAAAUAUUUUUGUCCAAGACCCGCAGUUCCAUCGAGACUUUUGCUUUUCCUCGUGACAAGAACAAUACGAUGGAAUGAAAAAAAGAUUCGACUUUGAACUACACCGUCAAGAUCAAUUUUGCACGAUUGCUUUUCAACAAAUCUCCACCCAUUCAAAGGUGUAGAAUCGCAUGGUAUGGUGGCUUUUACGCCUAAUUUCUUUUAUACUCUGUACAUAGGUACGUAUGUAUGUACAAAUGCACGAAGCGUGAGAAGGACAUUCGUCAUCGAUGCUAUGCGAUUAAGAAAAUUUAUAAUCGUAAGUUGCACGCGUACGCACUUUUUACGACCAACUUUUUACGAUUCUCCUAAACCAUACGUUUUAACUGUUUUUUACGUGCUAGGACGACCUCGAUGGAAAAUUUAUUCAUCGCCAUUUUGACAAACGAAGCUACUUCGAUCGUGCUCGAAACAGCAUCGUUUAUUUGUAAACGUCGACACUCGUUCGUCGAUCGUUCAAUAGCAAUGUGACGGAAGAAAAUUUCGGCUCGUUGUAUCAUCUUAAAAUUUCUUGUAUUUAGUUAAUCUCUGUGGAAAUUGGAAUCAACGAACCAUGGAUUAAAUUUUGCGAUCCGAAUGGAAGCGAGCUUACGAAGACUAAGUGGCGUCUAGGUUGUCUGAACGCCAAUUAAUCGCUGCUGCCGUUAAGGUAUUCCGCUCUUUUUGCUUAUGCUUCCAUACAAUUUUUCUCCAUGGUCAAGUAUCAAAAAAUAACUUGUCGAAAUUUCAAGAUCGAACGUUUCGCGCAACGUUGUCAAUUUUACGUUUAUUCCACGUGAAAUUGAUUCGAUAAAUUACACGCGUGGAAGAAGCGCAUGCAGGAACAAAGAUACAAUGUUUAAAGCGUACUUUGAAGUUUCUUCCGUCUAAACUCAUACUUUUUGCCCGUUUUGUUCGAGCGAAUAAGUCUUACGAAUGAGACGAUCAACGUCUAAAAAAUAUUUAACGUAGACGUAGAAAAAUGUGGCGUACCAAGGAACGAGAAGAUUCGCGUACGAUUAAACAUCUUUAAAAUUGAUCGGUUCGCUUGCAGUUGGAGUACGAACAUAAUCAUGGUGAGCGAUUCGGCAAAAAUUCUUGCCCUGGUCGUCACGGCAAUAAAAAAUCUUCGCGAAUUGAAAGGCUCGACUUCUCGAGAAAUUUUACAUUAUCUCUCGUCCGUCUACGAUAUUUCACCAAAUGUGGCACGUCGUCAGAUGCAGACCGCGUUAAAGCGCGGCGUCGCCUACGGUAUCCUAAAGAAGAACGGGGGCUGUUACAUUCUACCGACCAACAGCGAGAUAAAUUGCCAAGAAAUUGCCGAACAGGAGGUCAAUCUACUGGACGUCUGUCGCAGAAACAGAAUGCAGAAAAAAUUGGGCUGCAAGUGUAAGAAGAGACGGCGUAGACGUAGAAGAAGGAAAAGGUUCUGUAGAUGUAAGCGGAGACGAAGGAGGAGAGUAAGAAGACAAAGCAGAGUUUGUGGAAGGAGGAGAAGGAGAAGGAAGAGGAAGUGUCGGUGCGGUGGUCUAGGAAAAAAUCUAAGGAGAGGUGAUCCAGAUAGGACGAAACGGGCCGGGAUACCCCAUGCAGCCGAAAACUUUCCGAGUGGGAGACUUUUCGAACCGUCGGAGGCUUACGAUUCCGCGGCCAGCGAGAAAACCUCUUUGUCCAGCAUCACCUCGGCAACAGACUAGAAACGUUCAUCGGUAGCUAUAUCGUGGGUCGCUUUAAUUUUUGCAAGAUUUUUGUGUCAGAUGGUAGGAUAUGCUGGAUACCAGGCUAGAUCGAAUUACUUUUCUACGUCUUAUUCGAUAUUCGUAGGUCGUAACCGGGCCGUAGUCGGAAAAGGCUUACUUUUGCCUUAAAGUCCGAAGCGUCUCAAAGUAUACGAGCUACUUCUUUUUGUUUUAGGUGUAAGACGAGCAGGAGUAGAGACAGCAUGUACCGCGACAAACAAAGCAAAGCUUAAGACAGCAAUUUAUAGGAGGAGAUUUCCUCUAGGGGUGUGCUCUUACGUUUCGUAACAAAUUGAUAAAAUGGUAAACAGCUGGGAGAAAAUGGAAGAUGGUUAAAUGGAUGGUUUAAAAAUGGUAGAUGGAAGAUGGAAAAUUGAAACAAGUAGAAAGGUAUUAACGAUUGGCGGAGUAUUUGCUGUAUUAGCUGUAUUAGCUGUAUUAGCUGUAUUUGCUGUAUUUGCUGUAUUUGCUGUAUUUUCUGAGACAAUAUUUAUAAAAGAGCAAAGAAUAGAUAAAGUAGGAAGCAGAAUUUAAUUCAAAGAAAAAGAGAUAUCCUACGGUAUCGUAUUAGGCGUAUAAAACCGUCUAUUUAUACAUUUUAAUGUAUCGAUAUGUUUUACAGUACCGCAAGAAAAAGUAGUAAAUUCGUAGCGGAAGAACAAGAUUAAAUUAUCAUCGUGUAGGCCAGGACAGAAGAUCGAAAGGGACAAGAUAUAGGUUACAAAAUAUACGAGAUCUUUCCAAGAUGUGUCAUUUUUAUAAGCGUUUAUAUAUUUGCGUGCAUUCAGUUUUUCUAUUAUUCAUUUUUAUUUCAGAGUGUUCGUUUUUGCGUAGAUGUUAUAUUACAGGACAUGGCUUUAAUAUUUUGUCGUGUCUCAUUUACUUUGUAACAAAUAUACAUAUAUAUAUAAAUAUAAAAAUAUACAAAUUAUACGGUUAAAGUUGUUUCUAAUACCACUAGGAAAUAUCGGUAAUCGUCUCCUCGAAUAUUUCAGUGCUAAUUGAAAAUUUUCCUUCCAUAGCGUGUUUUUAAACGCAAGAUAACUCGUUGAUUUUUAUACGGUUUAGCGUGUAUCGUUAUUUACAUUUAGCGUUUCUUCAAUCCCCCUGAAAUACGUCAUUCGUGCAUUUGGUCUUCGAUUUACAAACACAUUGGUAUAUCUGGAUUUACGUGUUCAAAGGAAUAACCGAGACGGUAAUGGAAUUUUAUCGAGAUUGAUCUAAUUUCACUUUUAAUACCUGUCUCACACCAUCGUUAUACGUAUAUAGGUAACAUUCGCAAUUAACAACGAGUCUCGAUGUAAGGAACUGUAUCGAACUCAUCGAACUUAAAUUCCAAGUGCCCAGCAUUUUUAAUCAAAUUCACCGUUCAGAAUAUCGAAUCGAACUUUUAAAACAAUUUCUUGUUCGGCUUCUUCUUUUAAUUAGUAUAAACGUUCAUUUUUCAUGGCGUUACAACGUAACAUCGUUACGCUUCGGUUUUACUUUAUCACGAAUUUACAUAUAAAUUUGAAUUUUUUUCCCCUGUCCAGACAUCCGCAACUGUUUUACACGCCUCCAUUCAGAAUUUCGGUUUUAUCGCGAAAGCGGCGCGUGGUGUUCUGUGGUUGCUUCAGUUUCCAAUUUCGAUGCGAUGUUUCCCAGCAUUAUACAAUUUCUCUGUUCGUGCUCGUGACGAGUGCUUUAUUCUCAGCUAAACUACGACACUCCGCGACGAUAAAUUGCACCGUAUGCGACUACGAUAGAAAAAGUAAUCGUCGACCAACUGGAAUCGGCAAGGGACACGUUAAUCGACACGCGUAGACCAACGAGCAAAGAUCCUCGAGCCGAAAAUUCAAGAAAUUACGGAAUAAUCUGGGAAUACGUAGGGGAUAUGUAAUUCUUUGUUGCUGCCAAAAUUUAUUCUUCAGCCUGAAAUUCACGGGUGAAAUCGACUUCUGAUAAUCUGGCUGCUUUUCGACUUUGCGUCGCGUCAGACUUAAACCUCGUACAUCGACGACUGAAUCUUUCGUUUAUUGGAUCGAUCUCUUUAUCGAGAUCCAAUACAAUCGAAUACAAGUAGUAACUAGUCUCGUAAGGAUUUAAUUUUCGUCGAGUUUUAAAGUUAAAACAGUAAUCAAGUUAAAAAUUGAAAGUAAUAAUUAUAAAGAUAUGAUUAUAAUAUAUAAUAACCUUUAUCGAGUGUCUCCUCUCGUUACGAUUUACGUAGCACGGAACCAAUUCUUCCAUUAUGCUUUACAUAUUACGUACGUAUUCAGAUGUUGCACGUAAUUAAUUUAUACUCGAUUAUUAACUUCGUAAAGUGUUUUGCAUUUAACGAAGUUGUUAUACGCAUUAAGCGAAUUUAUCUUCGCGGGUAUUAGCAGAUGUUAGCGAAACGAUACGCGUUCGAUAAACGUCGAAUCAAUUCACGCUUAUAAAUGUAUAUCGAACUUAAUAUUUUUAUAAUUAGUAGUCAUUAGUAAUUAUACCUGACACAACACGAUACCUCCUUUACUAAAUCACUGAAUAACGUAAUAAAUCUUACAUCUAUAUCCGUUUAAAUGUAAAUAAACGAGUUUCUUGCUUGAUUUGAAUUCGUAGACUAGAAUGUCAUAAGUUACGUAAAAAGAAGAAUCAGAAAAGCAGCUAGACGCGGCUGAUCGUCGUACGACAAAAUUGAAUCGCUUCUGACUAAAGACUGAAUAAAUCGCGAGUCGACGCUCUUUAAAUCUUAAUUGCCGCGAACCUCGAAGAACAAAUUUUUACAAGGAAAUAAACAGAAUGCAUGUUCGAACGAAGCGGACGAAUAAGCGUAUAAUUAAUAUAAUCGCUACAUCUUUCGAUAAGUUGCGUCCUCGUCGACUCGUUGAUCGAUCAAGACGAUAGACUCGAGCUUGAAAAAUAACGUCCCCGAUUUUUUCUGAAUUUUUCCGCCCGACGUAUCGAGUUUUCUUUACAAUCGAUCGUAUUUAUUUACGACGAAUGAUCGGACAUCCGUUCGAGGUACAUACGUUUAUUUGAAUUUCAACGUUUUGAACCGGGACAAGGUUCCGCUAAUGCAAAUUCAUCCCUCUGU